UGUUAAUGAUUUGCCAGCAGUGACUUGCAUUGGUCUCUGAUCUGUGGGAUUAGGCUGGUACUAUGAAGGUAUUAUAAGAUGUUGUUGUAUGUACACAGUUUCUAGCAGCACUGCUUUGGAAAGCCACAAGCAUUGUCGGACGUAUCUUCUUUGCAUCAUGCAUCUCGCUUCUAAAGUGGCCACAGCACGGUUUUUGCAGAAGACAGCCUCUAUGGAGCUGGCAGAGGUUGUCCAGUGGCGCCGAGCUAUUUUGGCUGUGUGCCUAAACCUCUUAGCCCUUGCACUUUCCAUCACUGCCCUUCUGAGCAGCUACUGGUGUGUAGGCACCCAGAAGGUCCCAAAGCCUCUUUGUGGCAAGGGAAAAGUAACCAAGUGCAUUGUGGUUCCUGUACCUGUGGAAAGCACUAAUGCCUCUGGGCAGAAUGAGGUGCAGUACAGCUGGGAGACUGGGGAUGACAGAUUUGCUUUCCGCUACUUUCAUACGGGAAUCUGGCAUUCCUGUGAAGAGAACAUUCUGGGUACAGAUGAAAAGUGUAGGAGUUUCCUGGAAUUAACCCCACCUGCUGAGAGAGGGAUCCUGUGGCUUUCAUUGGGCUCAGAAUUAGUGUACAUCGUUCUGUUGGUGAUUAGCUUCGGGCUCUUACUACUGGAGAUAUUUUACACUGGGAACCCUGUGUGCGGCAUGAAGCUGAAUGCCUUUGCUGCAGUGUCCUCUGUACUUUCAGGUCUCCUUGGGAUGGUGGCUCACAUGAUGUACACCCAGGUAUUCCAAGCCACAGUCAGUCUUGGGCCAGAGGAUUGGAGACCCCAUUCUUGGGAUUAUGGAUGGGCUUUUUACACUGCCUGGGCAUCUUUUACCUGUUGCAUGGCUUCUGCUGUUACCACGCUGAACACAUACACCAAGACCCUUCUUGAAUUUCGUAGAAAUCAUAAAGCUUUUGAGCACAACUUGAAAGAACACACCUGCUUUCUGAAUCACAAGCAAAUGAGUUUCUAUGUAGAUAAGCCAAUCAACUCCCUGUCAGAGAGUGUGGACUUUUACUCAGAGCUUCAGAAGAAGGUCCUACUUAGAGACCAUUCAAUAGAUCUGGAGGAUGUAGAAGAAUCUUUAGAGGAUGAACACUGCUAGAUUCACUUUUGUCCUAUGAACCUAUAUUUGUAGGAGCUUUUUAUUUUACAUUGGGAACUGGGGCAGGGCUGUACUGAAGGGACUUUAUAGCUAUGAUGGAUGAAAAGUUACAGCAUACAAAUUAGUUAGAACAUAUUUUAGUUUUUAAUUAUACUUUAUAUGAAAUGCUUUGUUUACUGCUUUGAUUUUUCAUACUUCGUAUUCUGCCAAUGAGGAUGCCAUUGCUUUGCUAGGACUCUCCUGGCUCGGCCACAAUAUAGGUAUUGGAAUGAUUUUAUUACUUUGUUGAAAGAUUAUCUGCAUUUCUAGAUGAAGAUUAAACGGUUAAUUGGUAGGUUUUGACUGUUGAACUUUUUUGGAACCAGAAUGCCUAUGCUGUGGAAAAGCCACACUAUGGGGCACAUUUACUAAUCCACGAACGCUCUGAAUGCGUCCGAAUGCAUUUUUUUCGUAA